AGGGGGUUUAAUUGAGCUCCUGUUGCACGACGCCCAACAUCCCUUCCUCCUCUCGCUUCUCCCGUGACUCUGUCAUUCACAUUAUCCUGCUUCUACUCCGCCGCCAUGUCCAUUUCCGACGUUAAUCAACCCCCCUAUCCCCUCCACGACUCCGUCAAGCACCUGCUGGACCCCGAGUAUGUCGAGUUUUACAACAAACAUGUUAUCAACAACCAGCAGGUACAUUUGCAGCCCGUCGCGGCAUCGCGAACUAGCGGUGUAUUGAUUCCCGGUGCGGGACCAAUGCUGGAAGUGGGCAAAACCCAAGAUAUAACUAUUGAGCGUCAGGCUAGCGAAGGCCCUGCGGUGCCGGUUCGCGUUUUUACUCCGAAGGGCGAUGUCCCCGCUGGCGGGUGGCCUGUGAUGCUGUACUUCCACGGUGGUGGCUGGGUACUGGGUAAUAUUGACACCGAGAAUGUCGUGUGCUCCAACCUGUGUGUGCGGGGCAAUUGUGUGGUGGUGACCGUUGAUUACCGCCUCGCCCCUGAAAACCCGUUCCCUGCAGCCGUUCAUGAUUGCUGGGAGGCCCUCCUCUGGCUGGUCCAGCAAGGCCCCUCCGUGCUAUCCAUCAACCCGUCCAAGAUUGCAACUGGUGGUUCUUCGGCCGGCGGCAAUCUCGCUGCGGUCAUGACACAGAAGGCACUGACGCUCUCCCCUCCCGUGCAUUUCCAGGCCCAGCUGCUCUCGGUCCCGGUGACUAAUAACAUCGCUACCGUGGAUAACAAUGAGUCCUUUCGUCUCUAUCAACAUGCACCUGCUCUCCCCGCCCUAAAGAUGAUCUGGUACCGCGAUCACUAUCUCCCCAAUGAAUCCGAUCGCACCAAUCCCGAGGCAAGCCCGCUCUUUUAUACUGGUGACUGGGCUCAGCUUCCCCCGGCGCUGGUUAUGGUCGGAGAGCUGGACGUGCUGCGCACAGAGGGGGAGCAAUAUGCGGAGAAGCUUGUGAAGGCGGGUGUCAAGGUCGACCUCCAGGUUAUGAAGGGAAUGCCUCAUCCUUUCUUGGCCAUGGAUGGUGUGUUGUCCGAAGGGAAGAGGUGUAUUACGCUCAUGUGUGAUGCUCUGCUGAAGGCUUUCUGGAGUUGAUUGGCGAUAUGACUGGAAGUGAUAGAUUCAUGAUGGGACAUAGAUACGAAAUAUAGACG